UUUUUAAUGUUCCAAGUUAAAAUUAUUCGUUUGGUUUGAAAUAGUAUCCGUUCGCCAUUCGUUGGCUAUUUCUAAGAUUCUCUGAACAAGCAACAAUAGGCACCGAGAAAAGAAACAUUUGGCGCGGAACUCAAUGCUUGAAUACAAAACAACGCGAAACCGUGACUCCGUUGACACAUAAAUGCGCGUUUUACACGGUUGACAUGCAUGCGCCGCAAGCUUCAAUAAUUGCAAGUUUUCUGCUAUUUCUCAUAACGUACUCCUAAACCUGUCGUACGUCGUAUUAUGUCUUUAACAGCAUGGCAGUAAUAAAGUGUUUCUAAUCAAGCCUAUACUUUAAUAGAAAAUUCUUUUUAAUUAUCGUUUAUAUCUUAUAUCGCCGUGAAUGUUGCGAAACAAAUAGAAUUUCGUGAAAUUCAUCGUUUUCAAUAUUCUUUUAAAUAAGUUUUAAUAUUGGUUGCGUACCAUGGAUAAUUCAAAUGGAGAGAACCUUGUCAAAGCAUCGCAACAAUAAGUGACGUCUCGCGUCUCUUACAAUCGACAGAUACGAACCGAUCCAAGCUCUGACUCACGUAAAUGUUACAAUUCGACAAAUAUUUGUAGGGAAGCAAUGCUUGAGACGUUGCACGGGUUAUUAGAGUCCAGCUAAUAUAUAUAGUUAGAUGCUAGGAAGCCUCAUAUACUAGACUUCUAUUAUUACACCGGGUCGCUCGCUUAGACUCAGUCGAUGUUGGCUCCCUGAACCGUGAGAACGCCUCGUCGAACACCUGAGAACGCCGGCGAUCCGUGCCGCGCUCAGUCGUCUUCGAGAGCGUCGAACCGCUCGUGUCCACGGAGGACGUACCUCCGUUCGUGCUCCCUCUUCGAAACUUCAGCUCUUCGACAAGUCCGUACACGUGAAUCCAUUGGAUAAUACUUGCCACAAUGCCUUACUACGGUGACGGUUUACCCUAUUACUAUGGGGGGCCUUUCUCCAAUCACAGUUCAUUGAUGACUGGUGCUCCACGACCGCUUCAUUCGCCGCUCUCUCGAUACUCGCCGCAUCUGUCGACAAUCACGGAGUCCCCGUUGUCCACUCUACGUCGCUACUCACCCGUGGCGAUUCCUACGCGAUCUAGACGCGUGAUCGACACCGCGGAUAUCGACGUCUCGACGCCCAGGAUCCUUUCGCAGGAUGGUAACAAUCACCAAAGGAAUCGUCUACGACGCGACAGGCCCACGAUCAAGAUCAGGUGCCAAGCGUUGAAGGACAAUCCCGCUCUGCGGCAGCACAACGAGAAGCACGAGAAAUCUGUGGGCGAAUUGCUGGUCGAGAAGUUUUUGAUCAAGGACAAGAAGUUGGAAGAGGAUGAGGAGAAACGGCGUCUGCAGCAACAUCUGUUCCAUCAGAUCAGUCUGGACAGGGGGAGGGAGAAGGAGGAGGAGAAGAAAGAGGAGGAGGAGGAGGAGGAGGAGAAGGGGGACGAGGAUCGAGAUCUGCAACAGGUGAAAAAUAAGAUCACAAGAAGAUUUACUAGGAGGCGAUCUUCAGCGGAUAUUCAAUUGGAUCCUGAACAGAUAGAGAGGAAAGUAGCUUACGCUCAGGUCCAGGCGAAGGUAUUGGACACCUUGGUGGCCGAAGAGCAGGCAGAGAUUGAGAACGAGGUCCGUAGAGGGACGUUGAUCAAGAAAGGGCGAAAACCUGUUCCCAGCUUCUUCAGGAACGUGGACGGUGACUCCGUGUCACAGAGCGAGGAGGAAGCAGCGGCGCAAAAGAUGAGGAAGACGUUGAAGAAGAUGAAGAAGAGGAAGAAAACCACCGAGAAACCUUCGCCACCUGAAACGAGCGAGAAUUCAAGGUUGUGCAAGUCCGAUAUGUCCAAUACCGAUUCCAGGACGAGUGAAAAUGACGGGGAGGAAAUUUCGGCACGCUCCAACACGUUCAAGAUCGACAACAGCGUCGCGGAUUUCUCUACCGCCGUCUGGGCGAACGGCGUGGAACAGUUCAGGGAAAGCGUGAGGAUACCGAUCCCUAAAAAGAUACCCGUGGAAAAUUUAGAUAUCCAAGAAGAAGAAGAAGAAGAAGAAGAAGAAUACGAAGUUGUGUUACCUGUGAAGAAGCCUUACGUGAAGGAUACCUCGAGAAACAGCGUUCACUUCACGGUGAAGACACCUCCGGAUCCGACGACCAAGAAGAUCGACCCCCUGAAGAGAUUAGAAAACGGCACAAAGGCGGGGAAAGGGGAUAACAAGAUUAACCGGAUCUUAUCCGUGGAUGUUACGAGCCUGAAAUCACCUGUUGGGGAUAAAAUGAUCGAAAGAAAGAAGGAAGAAAAGAAAACGGUCGGGAUUAGCGAGGAAACGAAAUUGAAAUCGGUGGAGGAUGUGCCGUUAGGAGAGGACGCUAAGAAAAUUAUCGACGACGGUAAGUCGACGAGCCCGUCAUCAAGGAUCGAAGAGAACAACGUCGUGACGCCAAGUGUUGACUCGUUGGCGAGCGAGAGCAGCGCCAGUGAAGCGCUUCCAUCGGUCGCGGACAGGCUGCCAAAAGCGUCUAAAAUUAAUACGGAUGAAAAUAAUGCCGUAGAAGCGCCAAAGCGUGUGUUACGAGGACCGCAGUACCUGGCAAAGCCGACGAAAGCCGAGCGUGACGAGGACGUGGUGGUGUCUAAGUUGUCGGAAAAGAAGGUGAACAAAGCCGUGACCUUGAACGCCACCCGCGCACCGGGUACUCCUGGCGGGACGGCGGCGAGGAUAGGUCAAACUGUGGAGGCCCUGAAGAAAGAUAACAUACGGUCGAACGAUCGUUGUUCCGUGGAUGACGCAACCGAGCGACUCGUGACUAAAAAGAUUGUUCUAGAGGGUCCCAAAGGUGAUACGCAAAAGAGGGAAGCGAGGAUCGAGGAAGGAUCUAUCGAGAAGGGGAUAUCGGAGAACGAUGAAGUGAAGGGAAGCUGCUCGGUCGAUCGAAAAAUGGUUAAACUGGAUAACGAGGAAGUUUCGAGAUCCCUGUUCAAGUCGGGGACGAGAAAGAGCGAGAUCGAGAAGGAGGGGAUCGAUAAAGGGGCGUCGAAGGGGGUUAACUGUACGGCAAAGAUCGAGGAAGGGAAUCGAGGGAAUAAAGAAUCGAAGAUCCCAUGGAGGAACAAAGUUUGCAAUGGGGAUGACGGUGACACGGUUCCGACGAUGGAUCAAAAGUCUUUGAGACAAUCCAUUCCCGUGGACGAGAAUUUGAGUAAAAUAUGUUUCGAGAAGCCGAUCGUUAACGGAGAGGUCGGAAGUUUGUCGAAAAGUACGUCUUCGGAAUCUAUAGAUUUCUGGAGCGAGAUCAAGGGACCGGACAGUCCUAAAGCGGGGAAAUUGUCCGACAGGGGAUUCGGUUUCAUCGAUUCCAAGAGCUCGGAGCCAGGUCAAGGGGUUGAGGACCUCGGAGGCGGGCAACUGGACAAGAAAAAAGAGACCGAUCCUAAAAUAAGCGUCGCCACUCCGCCGACCGAGCUCAGUAAUAUCCACGUAAUCCACGAGGAGGAACGGAAGACCGAGGAGAAUUCGUUGAAAUCCAAGAGCGAACGGACGACGUCCACCGGUGAAACCUCUUCACCCACCACGGAGAGACUCGAACCGGAUAAAGAUGAUUCGAUCCCUAAGAAAGGGCCAAAGAAAAAGAAGAAUCUGUCCAUAAAUAUCAAUCAAAUCCAGACAGAAGCUUACUCUACGGUAAAGAAAGCUCCUUUGAGGAGGGAAGAUUCAUCGAGCGUUUCUUCCAAAUCGGUUGCCACCACUCCGGAUACCUCGGUCCCUGCUUCCGAAGUUUCUACCCCGAUCGCAGAAAUUUCCGUGCCUAUAAUAAAUAUCGAAAACGCGUUCACACCGAGUGUCAAGCUCGACUCUCAACUUUUGGACGAGGAGGAUGAGCCGAAAACACCUACCAACGAGUGGACGGACGUCGAACAAUCAACGAGGAUCUCCAAAUGGAAUAACCAGAAUGAUCUGUCCAAUGUUAACAGUGUUGAGAAAGAGGUCGUUCCGGAACCUUCUAAGGAUACCAGCGUGAACAGCAGCCCGGAAGGGAGUCCAGAAUCCUCCAAGAAGAAAAAGGUCGUCAGAAAAAAGAAGUCUUCCACGAUCAAGAAAAGUUCUACUAAAAAAGAAAGUAACAAAGAUAGCAAGAAGAAUACUUCUAGCAAGAAGAAUUCCUCCAAGAGUCAAGAGAUAUCGAAGCCUGUCGAAGCAAAGAAUAGCCCUAAAAACGUGCCUUCUCAACGUCCCCUGGAUCUCAUCAGGAUGUUUUAUACGACUCCAUCGGCGUUAUUAACCGCCACGCCCAGAGAUUUGUCUAAAGUUCGUCGAGCCAAGAUUAAGAGAAGAAAGCAUCAUUCCAGGACACCAUCCGUAAGCAGUGACAGUACCGGAAGUACCACUAGUACAGCGACCACGGAAAGCAGUGGAUCCACGUGUACGGAGCUUGACGAUGAUCCAGAGCACAAGAGAAUGAAUUCUACCAGGAGCAACGAUUCUGGAUUCGAUGGCUCGCCAAGGAUAUCCAAUUGCGACAUGGCCUGUCACAAGAAAUGCGAGAAACUGACUGGAAAUCUUUGUGGAUUGAAUCAAAAGCUUGUAGCGGAAGCCUUGCAGUCCCUCAAGAGAGCACCUUCACAGUCGUCGGACAACCAGAGGAAUUCAGACUCUUCAGAUCAUUUCCCCAGUGGAAGGAUCACCCCACCGGCCACAAACCUGCCUAGGUUCAAAAAAUACAACGUGACAGACUUUAACUUUUUAAAAGUCCUAGGGAAAGGCAGUUUUGGAAAGGUGUUGUUAGCCGAACUGCGAGGUACCGAGUGUGUCUACGCGGUGAAAUGUUUGAAGAAAGAUGUGGUCCUCGAGGACGACGACGUGGAAUGUACACUGAUCGAGAGAAAAGUCCUGACACUUGCCACGAGGCAUCCGUACCUCUGUCACCUGUUCUGUACCUUCCAGACAGAUUCUCACCUCUUCUUCGUGAUGGAGUACCUGAACGGCGGCGACUUGAUGUUCCACAUUCAAAAAUCCGGUCGUUUCCCCGAGCCAAGGGCCCGAUUCUACGCAGCGGAAAUCUGGUCCGGUUUGAACUUCUUGCACAAGAAAGGAAUAGUGUACAGAGACUUGAAAUUGGACAACGUGCUGCUAGAUUACGAAGGGCACAUCAGAAUAGCCGAUUUUGGCAUGUGCAAGCUACAAAUUUUCCUCGACAGAACCGCCGAUACGUUCUGCGGCACGCCUGAUUACAUGGCUCCCGAGAUCAUAAAGGGACUGAAAUACAAUCAAGCGGUCGAUUGGUGGUCGUACGGCGUGCUUCUGUACGAGAUGCUCACGGGACAGUCGCCAUUCUCCGGUUGCGACGAGGACGAGCUAUUUUGGAGUAUAUGUAACGAAAGACCGUUCAUACCCCGUUACCUGAGCCAAGAUUCAACUGAUAUAUUGAUCGCCCUUCUGGAGAAGGAUUCUGGGAAAAGGCUUCCUGGCCACGAAAUCGCGUUGCACUCCUUCUUCCAAACAUUACCGUGGGAUAGAUUAGAAAGGAGGCAAUUGGAGCCACCUUUCAAGCCAGCUCUGGAUCACACUUUAGAUACCAAGUAUUUCGACACAGCGUUCACAGCUGAGAGACCGCGGCUGUCUCCUGUACCUGAGCAAAUCCUUGCUUCCAUGGAUCAAGGCGUCUUCCGUGGAUUUUCCUAUACAAAUCCAAACGCAUCGAGGAUGUUCAGCUCGUUGAGACUGACCAGCAUGCGCUCGCACAAAAAUCGUGCUAGGCCAGGAAGCGUGGCCACGUCCGCCAGUUCAGAUUCAGCUCGACCAGACGAAAUCUCACCCCAGUCUUAUUAUCCGUACAGUUUCUUGCUAUUGGAUGAUCAAGAUACUCCUGUGUCCACUCCUUCCAGUGUAUCCUCCAAAGUUGCCCAAGUAAGAGUGGAACGUGAAGGGGGGAGUCUUGGAGUGACCCUCAGAGGUGGAGUUUCCAGAGCUUUAGUGGUUACUGGAGUGAAGUCGGAUGGACCAGCGGCUAAAGAGGGAAGAGUCAGGCCUGGAGACAGAUUAUUAGCUGUGGAUGACACUGAAUUGAGGGGUCUGACCUUAGCAGAAGCUCAAAGGGCGCUUAGGAGGAGCUCUGAUGCCCCUGUUGCUUCUUUGACUAUUGAAUACGAUGUUGCUAACAUGGAAGAAGCGAGGGCAGCUACUUCCGGUCCCUUGUUGGUACAACUAGAACGUGGACUCUCGGGAGAAUUAGGCCUGACGGUCAGAGAAACGCCAAACGGUGUGUACAUUGAAAGUUUAAGACCAGCAAGCACUGCGGAUCGAUGUGGGGCUUUGCAACCUGGCGAUAAACUGUUGGCAGUGGACGAAACUCCUGUCCAGGACGCUGUGACGGCUGCCAAAUUACUCAGAAAUAAUUAUGAUUCCCGCAUAGCUAGAUUGCAGAUCUUACCUAGACCUCCCAGUGCUUCGCAGAGAACAGUGAAAAGAAGAGCGCAACCGCAGGCGCAGCAGACUUCUAAUCAAACUUUGCAGACUACAGAAAGCCUGACUGUAGUCCUCAGACCUGAUCAUAAGGGAUUUGGUUUAGCUUUAAAGCUCACCGAGGACCGUUUAAAUUAUAUCGUUAGUCUAUUAGAAGCUGGAGGUCCGGCAGAACGCAGUGGAGUACUCCUUCCUGGAGACAAAGUGCUUGCAAUUAAUCGUAAAAUGCUUCGAGAUCUUCAACCAGCUGAGGUUACUGGUAUCUUGGAAACUUCUCAAGUAGUACGUCUAUCGAUAUACUACAUAAAUUAUACAUGUGAAUUAUAUAAUCCUUUAUUCCAUUAUAUUUAUCUUUUUAAACUCUUAAGUAAUUUUAUAUCCAAAAAAUUUCUUUUUAUCCGAAAGAUGGAACUGGUGAUAGAAUACAAAGUUGGUGGACCAGUUGUACCUAGUUCAGGAGUAUUCACAGUGAGAGUGGCAAGACCUGUAGGCGGGCAGCCUGAUGUGGGUCUCACAGUGAACGAAGAUUUGAUCAUUAGUGAGGUUCGCAAAGGAUCUUUAGCCUACAGAACUGGCAGCUUAGCACCAGGAGACAGAUUACUGGCAAUAGAUGGACAAAAACUAGAUCCUGGUGACCUCCGACAAGCCGCACAAUUGUUACAUCGACCAGGAAGCUCCGUUAUCUCUCUGACUGUGAGAAAACCGAAUCCUAUUUCAGAAACAAGGGAGUACUGCAAGGACUCGAUCAUAGGUAGCGACUCAGUGCAACAAUAUUCUCCGGGAAUUCUUCGACCGGCUAGAGAGAGUCUACCAAGCGUGGAUAGUGCAGUGGAUUCUUGGGGAGAACUGGGAGAGAAUAAUGGAACAGGUCCGGAGAUUCUAAGGCUCUGGGACACGGCUUCUGUGGAUAGUGGACAAUUAGAAUUAUCUAUGCCUCCUUAUCCUGGACCACAAGAAUGCAAUAAUCCAGAUAGACCACAACAAAUAGUCCAUGUCUCUUUGCAUAAAGAUCCAGUAUACGAGGACUUUGGGUUUUCAGUAUCUGAUGGUCUAUAUGAACGUGGAGUUUAUAUAAAUCGUCUUCGACCUGGAGGACCGUGUGACGGUGUUUUAAAACCUUAUGACAGAAUUCUUCGAGUAAACGAGGCUAGCACGGAAGAUUGUGAUUGUUGUUUGGCUGUUCCAUUGAUUGCUGCGGCUGGUCCACGUUUAGAUCUCACCAUAGCACGAUCGGUAUCUCCUCCUAACAUUAUAAAAACACUGUAAAGGAGAGCAAAUCAAAGUGUAAUGUGGAAAAUGGUGGUGAAUAUAUCUGGUAUAUUUUUGUACACACCUGUAUUUUAUUUAUAAAAAUAAAUGUAUAGAUUGCUUUUAGCUAGAA